CUACUGGGUCGGCAUUGAAAUCCCCAUGCCAUGCCGUAUAAACUACAGAUAACCGCUUCCGUUUCUUUCUUUUUCUACUCGGGAGACGGAGAAUGUUUUACAACUCUUUUUAGCGGUCUAUGUUAAUACUUUGAACAGGAGUAGGAAGGAAGCAAAGCGAAGAUAUCGAAUUAAAAUUGCGCAAGAGCAAGAGAAUUUAGUCUGUUUGGAAAUCAAUUAUGGAGACGGUUAUUGGCAGAAAAUACAGAUUGGGACGGAAGAUCGGCAGCGGCUCCUUCGGGGAAAUUUACCUCGGAACAAAUGUCCAGACAAACGAGGAGGUUGCUGCGAAGCUGGUAUGUUUUUAUCUUUGCUGUGGGAGAAAGUAAAGACAAACCAUCCACAGCUGUUGUACGAGGCUAAGUUGUAUAGACUCCUUCAAGGCGGUACUGGUAUUCCAAACAUCAGAUGGUAUGGGACAGAAGGAGAUUAUAACAUUUUAGUUAUUGAUUUGCUGGGCCCUAGCCUGGAAGAUCUAUUUCUAUUUUGUGGCCAUAAAUUCUCAUUGAAGACAGUGUUAAUGUUGGCUGAUCAACUGAUUAACAGGGUUGAAUAUGUACAUUCAAGGAGCUUUAUGCAUAGAGAUAUUAAGCCUGAUAAUUUUCUUAUGGGGCUUGGUCGGAGAGCAAAUCAGGUCUAUAUAAUUGACCUAGGUCUGGCAAAGAAGUUUAGGGAUCCAAUAAGUAAUCGCCACAUUCCCUACAGGGAAAAUAAAAGUUUAACUGGCACUGCACGAUAUGCCAGUGUCCAUACUCAUCUUGGCAUUGAGCAAAGUCGGAGGGAUGACUUGGAAUCACUUGGUUAUGUACUAAUGUACUUCUUAAGGGGCAGCCUUCCGUGGCAGGGUCUGAAGGCAGGGAACAAAAAACAAAAAUAUGACAAAAUAAGUGAAAAAAAGAUGGGGACUCCAAUUGAAUCAUUGUGCAAGUCCUAUCCGUCAGAAUUUGCAUCGUACUUCAACUAUUGCCGUUCACUGCGGUUUGAUGAUAAACCAGACUAUCAAUAUUUGAAGCGCUUGUUCCGCGACUUGUUUAUUCGUGAAGGUUUUCAGUUUGAUUAUGUGUUUGAUUGGACCAUUUUAAAGUAUCAACAGUCACAGAGCUCUGGAGCUGUCCAACGGCUGCCUGCUGCAGUUGGAGGUGCAAGUAGUGGAGCAACACCAUCAGCUGCAGAAAAUAUGCCAGGGAUUAAAGAUGGCCAUGGUGCUGUUGAAACAGCAGAAUCUGCAGCAGAUGCUUGGAGGGGUCGGUAUGGUGGUAACUUGCAGUUUGAUGUAACAAAGGACAGAGCCACUAAUUGUGAUACUCCAUGUCCUACUAAAGAUGAAGUUAUCUUUGAAAAGGAGAAAAUUCAAUCCUCAUCAUUUUUUCGAUAUGGAAAUUCAUCAAGAAGACCCAUUAUUUCGACUGCACGACCAGUUGUAUCAGCUGAAGCAACUGAUGCAAAAUGUGCACUAGGUGGUAAGUUUGGUUCAACAAGACUUACACCAUCAGAGUCUCUUGCUUGUGUUUCAUCACCAGAAUCGAAGAGAAUGGUUGCUUAUAGAAUGACGGAUCCCAAAAAAGGAUAAAUGAAUGAUGAUCCAUUAAGUCCUGGCAAAAAUCAAAUUGUGAUUAAAGCAGUUUUUGAACUCUGGGAGAAAGUUGGGAUAUACUGGAAGUCUUUCUGCAUGGUGUUCUCUGUAAGCUUGUGAGUAUAGCUAUCACACUGCUAAUAUUUAACCAAACUUUCGUUCUUCAUAUUGACCAAUCUGAUCUAUCCUUUAUGGCUCAUUAACCAGAAACAAGUAUCUAAUAACAACUUAUUGUAGUAUGUAUUUUGGUGGAAGCUUAAAAGAGUUGAUGUAAUUGUCACACCCAUCUUCAAGCUUUCAUCUCUCUGUAAUUAAACAAUUUCCUCCAGUUCAGCAUAAGCUGCAACUUGUAGAUUGAACACAAAAGAUAAUGAUUGUAUUUUUAGCUAGUUACAUUUAUGACUAUAGCGGUACAAUAUUAGACAGGAUUGUAUCAUAUGCUAGCUGAUACCAAUUUUACAGGCAAUAGCUCCUAAGACCGCUCUUGGUCGCUUUGCCGUUGCUUGCCUCAUGGAUGACAUAUAUCUAGUAAUCAAAUAAUUGUAUUUCAAGAUUAAGCGCUUAACUCCUCUACAAUGACAUCAUUACAGUAAUGGAUUUAUGAUUAUUACAUCGAGUAUCAAAAGUAUGUAUUGGCUGGUUCAAGCACUAAAAUGAGGUUCAAUUAUUCUCAUUUCUUUA